AAGUGACCGCCCUUUGCCACUCCCCCUGCCUCCUCUCAGCCUUUAACUUCUCGGGAAGAUGAGGCAGUUUGGGAUCUGUGGCCCGGUUGCUGUUGCCCGGUGAUAGUUGGAGCGGAAACUUAGCAUAAUGGCAGAACCUGUUUCUCCACUGAAGCACUUUGUGCUGGCUAAGAAGGCGAUUACUGCAAUCUUUGACCAGUUACUGGAGUUUGUUACUGAAGGAUCACAUUUUGUUGAAGCAACAUAUAAGAAUCCAGAACUUGAUCGAAUAGCCACUGAAGAUCAUCUGGUAGAAAUGCAGGGAUAUAAAGACAAGCUUUCCAUCAUUGGUGAGGUGCUAUCUCGGAGACACAUGAAGGUGGCAUUUUUUGGCAGGACAAGCAGUGGGAAGAGCUCUGUUAUCAAUGCAAUGUUGUGGGAUAAAGUUCUCCCUAGUGGGAUUGGCCAUAUAACCAAUUGCUUCCUAAGUGUUGAAGGAACCGAUGGAGAUAAAGCCUAUCUUAUGACAGAAGGAUCAGAUGAAAAAAAGAGUAUGAAGACAGUUAAUCAACUGGCCCAUGCCCUUCACAUGGACAGAGAUUUGGAAGCUGGCCGUCUUGUACGUGUGUUUUGGCCAAAAGCAAAAUGUGCCCUCUUGAGAGAUGACCUGGUGUUAGUAGACAGUCCAGGCACAGAUGUUACUACAGAGCUGGAUAGCUGGAUUGAUAAGUUUUGCCUAGAUGCUGAUGUCUUCGUUUUGGUCGCAAACUCUGAAUCAACAUUAAUGAAUACGGAAAAACACUUUUUUCACAAGGUGAAUGAGCGGCUUUCCAAGCCUAAUAUUUUCAUUCUCAAUAAUCGUUGGGAUGCCUCUGCAUCAGAGCCAGAAUAUAUGGAAGACGUACGCAGACAGCACAUGGAAAGAUGCCUACAUUUCUUGGUGGAGGAGCUCAAAGUUGUGAAUGCUUUAGAAGCACAGAAUCGUAUCUUCUUUGUUUCAGCAAAGGAAGUUCUUAGUGCUAGAAUGCAAAAAGCACAGGGGAUGCCAGAAAAUGGUGGGGCACUUGCUGAAGGAUUUCAGGCAAGAUUACAGGAAUUUCAGAACUUUGAACAAAUCUUUGAGGAGUGUAUCUCGCAGUCAGCAGUGAAAACAAAGUUUGAACAGCACACUAUCAGAGCUAAACAGAUCCUAGCUACUGUGAAAAACAUAAUGGAUUCAAUAAGCCUGGCAGCUGAAGAGAAAAGGCAUUAUUCAGUGGAAGAGAGGGAAGACCAAAUUGAUAGACUGGACUUUAUUCGAAACCAGAUGAACCUUUUAACACUGGAUGUUAAGAAAAAAAUCAAGGAGGUUACCGAGGAGGUGGCAAACAAAGUUGCAUGUGCAGUGACAGAUGAAAUUUGUCGACUGUCUGUUUUGGUUGAUGAAUUUUGUUCAGAGUUUCAUCCUAAUCCAGAUGUAUUAAAAAUAUAUAAAAGUGAAUUAAGUAAGCACGUAGAGGAUGGUAUGGGAAGAAAUUUGGCUCAUCGAUGUACCAAUGAAGUAAACGCCUUAGUGCUUCAGACCCAGCAAGAAAUUAUUGAAAAUGUGAAGCCAUUACUUCCAGCUGGUAUACACGAUAAACUACAUACACUGAUCCCUUGCAAGAAAUUUGAUCUCAGUUAUAAUCUAAAUUACCACAAGUUAUGUUCAGAUUUUCAAGAGGAUAUUGUAUUUCGUUUUUCCCUGGGCUGGUCUUCCCUUGUACAUCGAUUUUUGGGCCCUAGAAAUGCUCAAAGGGUGCUCCUAGGAUUAUCAGAGCCUAUCUUUCAGCUCCCUAGAUCUUUAGCUUCUACUCCCACUGCUCCUACCACUCCAGCAACGCCAGAUAAUGCAUCACAGGAAGAACUCAUGAUUACAUUAGUAACAGGAUUGGCGUCCCUUACAUCUAGAACUUCUGUGGGCAUCAUUAUUGUUGGAGGAGUGAUUUGGAAAACUAUAGGCUGGAAACUCCUAUCUGUUUCAUUAACUAUGUAUGGAGCUUUGUAUCUUUAUGAAAGACUGAGCUGGACCACCCGUGCCAAGGAGCGAGCCUUUAAACAGCAGUUUGUAAACUAUGCAACUGAAAAACUGAAGAUGAUUGUUAGCUCCACGAGUGCAAACUGCAGUCACCAAGUAAAACGACAAAUGGCUACCACUUUUGCUCGCCUGUGCCAACAAGUUGAUAUUACUCAAAAACAACUGGAAGAAGAAAUUGCUAGAUUACUCAAAGAAAUAGAUCAGUUGGAGAAAAUACAAAACAAUUUAAAGCUCUUGAGCAAUAAAGCUGUUCAACUUGAAAAUGAGCUGGAGAAUUUUACUGAGCAGUUUCUACCUUCAAGCAAUGAAGAAUCCUAACAGUAGAGCUUGCUUUGGUGACCAUGAUAGGAGGAAACGAAACUUGUAAGAUUGGGACAGUUGUUAUUUUUAUGAAAUUACUUUAAAUGUGAAUUGUACUAACUGUACCUAAAUAGCAAAGCCCUGUGGAGAUUCUGGUAAUGAUCUAUCUCGGGGUAUGUGUAUUUUUGAAGAGUGUUAUGUCCUUAGUUUUAAUUCUGGGUAAAGAAAAGGCUAAAAUCAUGAAUUAGUUACAAGCAACAGUACCAACUUAUGUGACCCCUGAGGGGUGGGGCCGUGAGCUCUUAAUUUGUUUUUGAUUCUGAAAAAACUCUGCUUCCUGGCAUCCAGGAGUUAGAGAUUGAGCCUUUCAUCUUCUUUCUCAAAACUAGUUUUUGAUGCUUUCUUUCAUGGGCAUAGUCACUUUUUCAUUUAGUAAAUCGCAUUGCUGGAACCACCAAGGAGUGUGGAAUGUCCUUGAGUGUAUUAUUUAUGCAAGUUACAGUCACUUUGCCAUCAUGGCAGCUAUGUGAACCACUAAUAAAUGUGCUGUUUUUACUUUUUAUUCCCAUUAAAACUGAUGUAAAACAGGAUAAAGGCUUGUUAUAGUCACUUAUAAGUAUCUGGGUCUAAGUAAUUUCUUUAGAUGUUUCUAAAGAAACAUUUUCAGCUUUGCUCCCAUUAUGAUUCCAAUAAGGAAAGCUUUCCUAGUGCAAUUUUAGGAGUAAAGUUUGAAGAGAUAAAAAUACCCAAAGAUAGGAGAGGUCUGAAUAUUGAAUGAUAAACAAACAGUGAUGUUUUAAAAAAGCUGUUCUUCAGGAGGCAUUUGCCUAGGAUAUUGCUGGAUUAUACCCCAUUGGAGGCUUUUAAUUUUAUUUGUAUGAAUUUUCCAGGAUUUCAUUAAAAAUUAUUACUGUAUUUUUUACCUCAAUGAAAGAUUUUGGGUUCAAAUAUCUUUCUGUAUUAAAAGCUGAUUGAGUCUGUACGUAUGUAAAUUAUGCCUAGUGGAGGUUCUGUUGACUUUCUUCCCCACUGUGGAAGAGGCCAGUUUUGCCUCCAUUUGCACAUUCAUUUCAGUUCUUUCUGAUCCAUAAAUGUAACGUUAAUUUACAAAAUU